ACACAGGAAGGUGUUCCUGCGGCCCGAGGGAGCUGUUUUAUUGCCGGGUUAGUGGAAAUGGCGGUGAGUGCGGAUAGGAUGGAAGAUCUCGAAGAUGGUGAGCUCUGUAGUUCUAACUCUGAUUCGGAAAUGGGAGUUGCUGCGGAUGAACAAAUGCAGAAACUGCAGCCCCCAGCCUUGAACAGCCAGGCUUUCCAGAGCAGAUCGGAGCCGCGCCAGGCCCCCACCUCUGUCACGAGUUACCGCAGCACGGCAGGGCUAGACUCCAGCGACAACAGCGAGUCGGAUUCCGAUGAAGACCGGGCCAUCUGGAAGAGGAAACGCCAGAAAUGUGCCCAUCCGCCUCCUGUGAAGCUGCCUGUGCCGGGCCCCCUCGCCCCCCAGAAGCCUCCGAGCUGCAAGGUGAACAACAUCUGGGGCGCCGUCGUGCAGGAGCAGAGCCAGGAGGUGGUGGCGGCGGAGUUGGGUAUAUUGGGCAUGGAGGGUGGCAUCAGCAUGAGCAGUCGGCAGUCGGAGACGUACAACUUCCUGCUGGCCCGCAAAAUGAUGGAAAGGGAGCGACAGCAGCAGGAGUCGGAGGAGGCUGCCAAGCUGGACGAGGAGCUGGAGGAUUACAUGCAGCACGACAAGAAGGAGCACAAGGCUGAGGAGGGGAACGGGGGCGCCCACCUCAAGAGGAAACGUCCAGUUAAGGAGAGGCUGGGCGAGAAGGAGGAGAUGGACUACAAGGGUCGAUUCGAACUCACCGAGGACGACCCCGAGGACAGAGUGGCAGAGGAAAUCGCCCACAGGUUGAGGGAGCCCAAAAAGGAUCUAAUUGAACGAGUGGUAAAUAUCAUCGGGAAGAAGAAAGCGAUCGAAUUGCUGACAGAAACAGCUGAAGUGGAACAAAAUGGUGGUAUUUUCACAAUUGAUGGCAGUCGGAGACGGACCCCAGGUGGAGUUUAUCUCAACCUGUUGAAAAACACUCCCAGUAUCUCCAGCGACCAGGUCAAGGAAAUUUUCUAUGACGAAAACCAAAAAGAAUACGCAUGCAAAAAAGCUGCCAAAAAGCGAAGACGUCAUGUUUUGGGCAAGAAGAUGAAGCAGGCCAUCAAGACGCUCAAUCUCCAGGAGCACGAUGAUGCAUCUCGAGAGACUUUUGCCAGUGAUACCAAUGAAGCACUGGCUUCAUUAGAUGAUUCUCACGAAGGGCACGCUGAGCCAACCUUGGAUACAGAAGAGGCUGUAGUGAUUUAUAAUUCCAACGACUUAGAAAUAUUUUAACAAAGUUGAAUGAAGGCUCCUGUUCUCUAGAAUAAAGGCAUCUUGUAGUCCUGGAUCAUAUGUGCAUGUUUUACGCAAAAAUAAGAAAAUAAUAGCCUUUGUGUGAGACUCUAAUGUUUCUCUUCUAGAUAUUCUAGACCCACAUCAGCUAUGUAUUGUCCUCCACUUUGAAAUGAUGUACAAAUAGGGAUAUGAAACUACAGUGUAUUUUUGUUGAAUCUUUGUAGUCUCUCAAAGCUGAAGUUAAAAUAAAUUAAUUCAUAGAUUAGUUGCUGUCUGAUGAAUUACCAAAAAGCAAUUUUUAAACAGCUAUUCUGUUGAAAUAGCAAUGAAUAUGACCAACAAGUAGCUUUUCUGAUGAGAAAGUGAGCCUCUUGCUAGGAGCAAAAUAUUUUUUUUGAUAAAGACUUAUUGUACAGUAUUUCAGUGUGAAUGAAAUGUGUGUGUGAUUGUCACGACUGUUGUAGAUCUUGUGCAAAGAAGUGUCCUUUUUCUGUUUUUUUUUCUUAAUGCUGUUUGUUACGGAUGGGUAAAUUUAAGAAGCUUUAAUGUACUGCACAGUGCAUUUUAGAAUGUAAAACAGAUACACUAUCUUAACUAAAACGUGUGCAAACUUUUAUUACUAAGAUGGAACACUUGAAUGCUUUCUGAAAGUAGAAUUUACCUCCAUUUGUCUUCUCAUUUCCAAGAAAUAAGAAGAGGUUUUUGACUAAGAAAAUUGUAUAUAGACUUUGACAUUUUAGAAUAAAUUAGUUUUUGUAGUACGAGAUCCACCUGUUGAUAAAUGUACACACAAAAACUGCAUUGAAAUUUCUAUUUUUUUUGUUUAUUAUAUUAAAAUGUGUGUGUAUCUUCUGUGUAGUAAUUAAACCAAAAACUACAGUA